GUGUAACCGAGAUGAGUUAGUAAGAUGACUUUGGCCCAAAUGAACCAGACUGAACAGGGACAUGGAGAGCUUCUUAAAGCAGCUGGUCCAGGGAAAGGGUUUGCUCUUCAUCAUCAUUGUUGGUUUGGGAGGAUCGUUUCAGACCGGAUGUCACCUCACUCUGAUCAGCUCUCCAUAUCCAUUCAUUAACAGCUUUAUAAACAGCACCUUGACUCAGCGGUACGGUGAAGCUCCAAGAGAAGACACUCUCACACUCAUCUGGGCCACAGUGGUGGCUUUUUACUCUGUUGGUGGCAUCUUUGGUUCUACAAGUGUCCAGUUUGUCCUCAAUCAUCUCGGGAGAAAAAAUGCAAUGAUCUGGAACAAUGUCCUGAACAUCGUUGCUGUAGCCAUCAUGAUAUUGAGCAAAGCUGCCGGUUCAUUUGAGAUGAUCAUUUUGUCUCGCUUCCUGUUUGGUGUAAACUCAGGCUUAGCUGGGAACCUCCAUUGCAUCUACCUCGGAGAGAGCGCACCCAAGAAGAUAAGGGGAACGGUGUCAGUAACGAUGGCGACCUUCAGUGCUAUCGGCAAGCUGGUGGGGCAGAUCGCAGGUCUGAGUGAGAUCCUGGGUCGAGAGGAUCUGUGGCACAUUCUGCUUUGUGUUCCAGCGUUUUUUGGUUUCGUUCAGAUGUUUACGCUGCCAUUCUUUCCUGAAGCGCCAGUAUAUUUACUGAUAGAGAAAGGGAAGAUUGAGGAGUGUAAAAAAGGGCUGCAGUGCCUGUGGGGUCCGGGUGAUUAUAAACUGGAGAUCGAGGAGAUGCAGGAGGAGCAGGCCGCUCUGAAAGGACAGUGCAAUAAGAGUAUGCUCGAGCUGCUGACAGACUCCAAUAUCCGCUGGCAGUGUAUCUCUCUGGUCGUCCUCUAUGAAGCCAUACAGUUCUGUGGUAUCUCAGGAAUUAGCGUUUUUGCUUACAGCAUCUUCCAAGAAGCAGGAAUUCCUGAGGACAAGAUCCGGUAUGUCACACUGGGAGUCGGGGCUUCGGAAAUCCUCACCUCCAUCACGUGUAGCAUUAUGAUCGACCGUGUUGGAAGGCGAGUGCUGCUUUGGGGAGGUUUCGGGAUCAUGGCAGCCAUUAUGGUUUUGCUCACCAUCACACUUCAGCUAAAGGAUUAUGAUUUGUGGGUUCCGUACACCAGCGUCUGCCUCGUGUUUCUCUUCGUCAUCUCCUACGGAGGAGGACCGGCUGGAGUCUCCGUGCCGCUCAGUUACGAGAUGUUUGUCCAGUCGUAUCGCUCGGCCGCCUUCAUGUUUCUGGGACUUAUAAUAUGGGCAGGCUUCACUGUAUUCGGCUUCCUUUUUCCGUUUCUCCUUAAUACCAUGAAGUCCUUCAGCUUUUUGAUGUUCUCCUGCGUUUGUCUGGCCGCAUCUCUUUACGCCGUCUUCAUACUGCCGGAAACGAAGAGCAAAACUCCACUGGAGAUCGCUGAGGAUUUUAGAAAUAUCCGAGUGUGUGGCUCUGCGAUUGAAGAGAAAUGUUUGGAGACAAAGCUGUGAAAGAUUUAUGUUAAACCUAAAUCAUAAAAACAAUAAAAUCUGAACACAAGCUAUAA